UUCAAAUAUUUACAUUUUCUCCGUUCAAUCCACUGCAAAGCUGCCUUCUUUGGAGGAAGCCUCGAGAUAAUCCGACAAUGGCGCUUGCUAAGCUCUGCGGCAGCUCCAAUGGCUCCGACCUCCUCGGAGCUCCAUCUUGAGCUUGCCUGCCUGCUCCCCGAAUCGAGAUCUCGCUAACCAUAUUCCAAAGCUUGGACCUUGGGGCGUCAGGUCGUCUCUACCGAUAAAUUUCUAGGGUUCAGUGGUAGAUCACAGCUAUUCGCAUAGUACUUUUGUCUUCGAAACCAGGGAAUUGUCUUUCGCCAUUCUCCAAUUUACUCCUCGCAGCUGGUUCCGCCCCUGUGGAUAUAUGUUAUCUUGCCUGAUUAAAUCCAUUGCUUGCUGGUUCAUACUUCUUUCUUGAGCCUUCGCUGGAGUUCCAAUUUAUUACCUUUUCCAUACCAUGAUCUCCAACUAGGGCUUCUUCGAAAUUUCCCUGCAAUUUUGGCAUCAUGUGGAAGCAGUUCGUUAGCAAAUUACAACGCAAGUCCUCGAAAUCUGAGGCCACUUCAGAUUCAUUCUCGUCCAGCAAUUCCAAUGGUGGUGGUGCAAAUUUUGGUAACCCAAUACAAAGUUCUAGCAUUGGCAAUCCAGCAUCCAGCAAAUCUGCUGCUGCUGUGAAACGGAUGACCUCUUCUGUGUUCCCCUCCAGUGUAGUGGCUGGAAUUGAACCGCUUCUCUCCUUUAGAGAUGUCUCCAAUGCAGAAAAAUCUAACCUUUUCAUUAGCAAGUUGAAUAUUUGCUCUGUAGUCUUUGAUUUCUCUGAUCCAGACAAGAACUCAGCUGAGAAAGACAUAAAGCGUCAGACUUUGGUAGAUCUUGUGGACUAUGUCCAUUCUCGUCCUCGGUUCACUGAGGCCAUGAUUGAAGAAAGCUACAAGAUGUUUGCCUCUAACCUAUUUAGGGUUUUCCCACCAAAUUAUCGAUCCAGCAGAGGGGGUGGUGAGUAUGAGGAAGAAGAACCAAUGUUUGAUCCUGCAUGGUCGCAUUUGCAACUUGUCUAUGAAUUAUUGCUUCAAUUUAUUGCUUCCCCAUCCCUCGAUGCCAAGGCGGCAAAGAAGUAUGUUGAUCAUUACUUCAUAUUGAGAUUGUUAGAUCUGUUUGACUCUGAGGAUCCAAGGGAAAGAGAGUGUUUGAAAACAAUCUUACACAGAGUUUAUGGAAAGUUCAUGGUUCACAGGCCUUUCAUUCGCAAAGCUGUUAGCAAUAUAUUUUUCCGUUUUAUCUUUGAAACGGAGCGGCAUAAUGGGAUUGCAGAGUUGUUGGAGGUUCUUGGAAGUGUGAUUAGUGGUUUUGCUUUACCUUUGAAAGAGGAACACAAGAUCUUUCUUUGCAGGGCACUGCUUCCUCUUCAUAAAACUAAGGCUGUAGGAAUUUACAUGCAACAGCUGACUUACUGUGUGACACAAUUUAUAGAGAAAGAGCCAAGGCUAGCAAGUACAGUUAUAAUGGGGUUGUUGAAGUACUGGCCCUUGACAAAUAGUCAGAAGGAGGUUAUGUUCUUAAGUGAGUUAGAGGAGAUUUUGGAAUCGACGAAUGCAAUUGAGUUGCAAAAGUGUAUGGUACCUUUGUUUCGGAGGAUUGCUUGCUGCCUUAACAGUCCCCACUUUCAGGUUGCAGAGAGAGUACUGUUGUUAUGGAAUAACGACCAUAUCAUGGGCAUGGUAGCUCAGAACCGCCAGGUAAUUGUGCCUCUCAUCAUUCCAGCCCUGGAGAGGAAUGCUAGCAGCCACUGGAGCCAGGCAGUCUUGAACUUGACACUGAAUGCCAAGAAGAUGUUCUCAGAAAUGGAUGAGGAGCUAGUUUUAGCUUGUCAGAGGAAGCUUGAAGAAGAGGAAAGGAAGCUGCCAGCAACAGAGGAAAGGAAGAGGAUGAAAUGGGAACAACUGGAGAAGGCUGCUUCCACCUUCCGGCCGGUGGCUGGGAAAACUGCCGUUCUGGUAACUCCUGCCUUAGCUCCUUGAAAUGUAUUAGCCAUUCUUAUCCAGCUUCUGUAAGGAUCGCUUCAAUGCUAUUCUUAAGCAUCCAAUACAUAAAUAUAUAUUUUAAUCUCCUCUCUUUUUUUGAUCCUCUCCUUGUAGUAUUAUGCUUUCUUUCUGUUAUUGAAAUAUGGAAUGACAAGUUUAUUCUAUAGGGAGUUCCCAUCAUUUCUAUUAAGAUGAUGUUAAGAUAUUGAUAUCAAGUUUUAAAAAUAUCUUCUGCUAAGGUGAAAAA